CUUCUCUUAAAUGCCUGAUGACUUGUCCCGCCCCUCCACCCCCAGUUAACCUGGAUCCUGGGAACCGCCACCCAGUCGCCCAAACCUUGGGGAUGGAGAAGACGCCGGAGAGAGACGUGCUCAGCGGCAGGAUGGAAGCUGAGGGGUCCCAGAACUCCGAGGAGCUGCCACCGCCUCCACAGUCCCCGCCACCGCCGCCGUCCCCACGGUCUCCCUCAUCCCCGGAGACUCCCGAGCUCCCACCGCCCAACGCGCCGACCGAGGUGGAAGCCAGGCAGCUGUUGCUGGAAGAAUGGGGACCCCUGAGUGGGAAGCUGGAGCUGCCCCCCAGCCUCAGCUGGAAGCUGCUGUUCCUGGAACGGCCGCUCUACCGCAACCUGCUCAGCUCACCCAACCCCGAAGGCAUUAAUAUCUACCAGCCGGCGCCCCCUACGGGUCCCACCCGGAAACCCCUGACGGACCUGGGUAAUUUCCACGGAUGGUAUAUUACUACCGAGAACCUCCAGGGGCCCCUCAGCUGGACGGUGAAGGAGCAGUGUGUGAACCUGCUGGCCAAGAAGCUCUGGGAAGAGCUGCUAGAUGACGAACAGCCUGACAUCACCAUCAUGGACUGGUUCGAGGACAGCCGCCUGGACCAGUGUGUUUAUGAACUGCACGUCUGGCUGCUGGCCGCUGACCGCCGCACGGUCAUUGCCCAGCAUCACGUGGCCCCUCGGACCAAUGGGCGAGGUCCCCCCGGCCGCUGGGUUCAGGUGUCCCACGUCUUCCGCCAGUACGGCCCCGGAGUGCGCUAUGUCCACUUCCAGCACAAGGCCAAGAACCGCAUGGAGGCAGGCGGCCUUCGCAGGACAAGGGUGACCGACUCCUCCGUGUCUGUGCAGCUCCGGGAGUGACCACCGACUGGGCUCUCCAAGUCGGUCACGAUCCUUUGGAAGUCCUGGUGCUUGUCACCGCUGAGCAUUCCCGUGAUGCUGCUGCUUCCUGCCCCUCCCUGUGCGUGCUUACCCAUAGUCUGAACCCUGCUCACCCUUGACCCUUGCUCACCCCUGACCUCCCCUUACCCCUGCUCACCCCUGCUCACCCCUGACCUCCCCUUACCGCUGACCCCUCCUCACCCCUGACCUCCCCUUACCUCCUGACCCCUCCUCACCCCUGACUGCUCCUUACCUCCUGACCCCUGUCAUCCCUGAACCCCCUUACCUCCCUAACCCUCCUCACCCCAUGACCCCUUGCCUCAUCCCCUGACCCCUGCUCACCCCUGACCCCACCCCUCACCCCUUGACCCUUAUCCUUACCUCUGACCCCUGUUCACCCCUGACCCCUGCUCACCCCUGACCCCUCCCCUUCCCCCCUGAUCCUUCCCCUGACCCCUCCUCACCUCGCUCACCCCUCUGACCUUUCUUUAUCUCCUUGGCCCCUCCUCACCUCCGUGACCUCUUCAUUACCCCUGACCCCCUCCUCUCCUUGACCCCUUCUCUUCCUUCAUACCCUUCCUCCCCUCCCUGACCCUCAGGCCCUGUCUCCUUCACCCCCUGCCUCCCCCAACCUCGCUCUCUUCUCUCCCUCAGCUCCUCCCUAGCAAUUUCUCCCUUCCCAGGUCUCUCAGACCGUGCUUGGCCCCUGGGGUCUCCUGACAUACCCAUAUCUGCCUGAAUGUGGGAGUCUGAGCUGGGGCCACUCCGGGCAAACCCACGCCGAUCUCCGAGUAGGUGGUCAAUAAACCUUCCCAGAGUGGCUA